GACAUGAUGCCCGAGUCGAGCAGGUUUCCUCUUACUAGCCCCGUCACCAUGACAGGCUCUGGUGUCAUGUCCAUCAGUGAGCGCCGUGCAUCAAAGCAGCGGAGCCUGGAUGGGAUCAAGAGGAAGCGAGACGUGGAUGGGGCCGUUGAAGAAGAGGACGAGGACGACUUUGGCCUCGUCUUCUCCGCAUCGCACGAUGCUGAGGCUCCCAAGCGGCAGCGGUUGUAUCAAGGAAAUUCCCAGACCAAGGCUGCCUUCUUUACCAUGCCUCUGGGCAGCAGCAGCCUCGACCACCGACCAAUUUAUCGCGCACCCACCAUCGACGAACAGCGUGCUUGGAUGUCUGACAGUCGAGCUGGGACAUCUCCAAAUUCAAGCAACGAAGAUGAGAUGGAUGUGGAGCCGUGCGCGGCGCCAGAGAGAAACCACGCGUCCUCGUCCCUGUGGAUGGGAAUCGCCGGUGACGUCGAGAUGGCUGUCGAAAAGAAGCCCACGUCGAUGAUGGAAGAGUACGAGUUCCCCUCUGCCAUGCUUCGGCUAGAGGUCUCGACACCCACGGGUCAUCCCCACCCUUAUGGGUCCAGCAGCACCGGCUCUUCAUCCCCUUCGUCGCCCAUGGGCCACGCGUGGCACGGCAAAAGGAGCCAACUGGGCGCCGCCUACUUUGACCUCCUCCCUUAGGAGCUCCUCCGGCGUUCAGACCCCCCCAAUUUUCUCAUCCAUUGCUCAACAUAAUCACACAUUGUCGUGGUCCCCGUUUCCUUGUACAGUACACUAUAAUAUAGCACAUAUCUUCGCACUAUCCUGCGACAGACUGACUCCAACUCGCUCCUAGGAGAUCAAGAGGCUCCCUGGCCCAGUGACAAAAAAUGACAUACAUUUAGGC